UUUGCCGUCCAUCUGGGCAUUGCCAGAGGCUCCAGUGUUGUCAUUUUGGAGCAAACAGGGAAGAACAGUGGAUACAGAGACACAGAUGUGUGUGGCGUCUGUCCCACAGGUCACCGCUGUAUCGAAGGCGGCCCAGAGAAACUGGACUCUGUUGUUAAUAUGAAGACUGUCUCCAAACACUUUCAGUACAAAGACAUGGAUGUGAUUUAUUCAAGGGACGCUGGCAGAUACUUGUGUGAUUUUGCAUAUUACUGCUCAUUAUAUCACAGUCAGCGGAGAGCAGCUUUGAUCCACAUCCCUGCUUCAGGCAGCCUGGCCUCAGCUGACAGACUGGUCCCAUUUUUGCAGGCAGUCAUUGUGAAAAUGCUGCAACAGCUGGAGGACCUCAAAUCGACAUGAAGAGCAAGUGUGUCACGCCACGUCAGCACACAUAAAAUAUGAAACAUAAAAAUAAAAAUAUUAACUCAGUCUUUGUUCUCAUUGAAUUAUUUAUUCAAAAUUUCAGAAAAAAAGUAAAAUACAAGAAAUUUUCAUACACAUUUAGAGACGGCAUUUAAAAAAAAUACACCAUCUCAGCUAUAGAAGUGAUAAAACAACUUUGAGGCUUCAGAUACACAGACAUCUUGGAAAAAAGAAGACAGUCUAGUGAAAAUUUUUUGAUUUUUUUUUUCUUCCCCAAAUCAACUUAUCGACACAAGAUUUCGCGAAAGCGUUAUAAUAGAUAAUAGUAGUUGUAGACCAAGGCCCCUUAAAGGUGUAGGAAUGCAAAUUAUACAAAACAGACAUGAAUGAUAAACCUCAAACCUAUUAUUGCAGAGGAAUGCGUGAAUGCAUCCUCCAUAAACCUGACGUUUGUCUGAAGAACAUUCUGACGAGUUCAAAAAGAUGAAUAUGACCUAAGACCUGUUGAAAAUCUAAUUUCAAUGUAAAAAAAAAAGAUUCCAGUGUAAAUUUGUUUUGCUAAUCUCUCUCUUUUUUUUUUUUUAACUUUUAAUGAAUACCCGUAAUCUAUGUGACACCCCUCUCCUGUGUGUCCGUAUGAGAAACGCUGCAGUUUCGACAGGUUUGUGAUCCAACUGGAAAAGUUCAGCUCACAGAUCAUUUUUCUACUCAGAAAAGCUCAGUUAUGUCACCACUCAUUCACACUGGAGAAGCAGAAACACACAGAUAUGGUUACUUAAACUGAUUUACUGUAAAAAAAAAAAAGAUUUAAAUACAGCAGCAUUUGAAUGUUUUUGUUUUUAGUCACACACACAUGAUUAAAAGGAACCGUGGCAGAGCACACAGAUUUCACAUUAUUUGGUGGCUAACUCUAAACUUUUAUUGCUUUUGGAGCAUUAAAUUCAAUCCAUUAACCAAUCGGUUUCAUUAAUCAAUGUGCCAAAACACAGAGUAAAAAAAAAUCUAGCUGAGUUUUUCUGAGAUGUCAGAGCUACAGGUGAUGUUUUUGCUGCUGAUGAUUUAAGAUCCACUGUGGUGACUGAACUGGCAGCAGUUUAGGUACUAAAUGUAUCAAAUACUUCUGAAAGAUUUAAAACUAAUAAAGUUUACGAAAGUCAGAUGAGCGCAAAUUGAAAAGAACACUAAGGCAUUGAGUGGACAGAUUUGGACACGAUUAAAUGAUGACAUUCAGAAAACUUUACAUGAAUGAGCCAAAGAAGAAAACAAAAAGUGGGAUAUUUCAUCGUUUUUACUGAAAAACAUGCGAGGAGGUGGUUGAUGUGUUUUCUUUUAAUGCUUUUGUGUGGAAAGUAUUUACAACUUGAUGCAAAACGUCAUCUCUUGGUUCGGAAUAAAAUGUGAAAUAGAGAUAUGUCGGCUGCAAAUAAAGAGCACCUGUGUGUUUUUAUUUUUCUUGGAGGUAAACAAGACAUUUCCCUUUUUUGAAUAUUUCCUGUGUUCUAUUAAACUAUUUUCUUUAAUAAAUGCAUUUUGGAGAAAGUUAAA